AUGUACAAGUUGGUGGUGUUUUUCGCUCUGCUCGCCGUAGUGGCUGCACGUCCGGGUUACCUGGAGGCCGGACCGCUGCUCCACAGCUAUGCCGCCCCUGCCAUCAUCCAUGAACCGGCCCUGGCCAAGGUGGGCGCCAUCAUCAAGACCGUUCCCAGUGCCGUCUCCCAUCAGAGCAUCAGCCAGGUGCACAGUUCGGCCCACAUUAUCCAGCCGAUUGUGGCCCCCGUGGUGAAGACCUAUGCCGCUCCCAUCAUCAAGACCUAUGCGGCCCCGGCUCUGCACACCACCCUCCUCUCGUCCCCGUGGGCCGGACAAGGUUGGUCCGGACAUGGUUGGUCAGGACACGGCUGGGCACCGUCCUGGUAAAUGGUGGCCAUCAAAGGAGGUCCUGUGCGGCAUUGCGUGGGCCAGCAACUAGGGCUUAACCUCA